AAAUAAAAAAGUUUGAAUUUUGAAUUACAAUAGAGAUCGAGGGUUUAGGGUUUGAAAUUCUCCAUUUCAGACAAACAAAGAAAGCUUUUGGGAGGGAAAUCCUCAAUAUCAACAGAAAAAAUUGUCAAGAAUGAGCACUUUAACAAACAGAACCCCCAAAUCAUCUGGGGGAAGGUCACUGUUUUACCAAGAUUUAGCUUCACCUAUAUCCGCCCGUAAAGGCAAAUUCACAAGCCCCGGCCAGGCUGCAGCGGUGUCGGCUUUAUGGCGGGAGAAUUUCGGGGGUUCGGAUCUUCCUCCGCCUCCUAUGUAUACAUUGGAGGACAGGUCUGAUUUCUCCCCGGAGUCGGGGAUUCCCGAUUACCCUCUUUCCCCGGAGGCGAAAUCGGAUCCGAGAAGUCCGAAACAUGUUUCUGGGAGGGAGUUUAUGACUCCGAUGAAUAGUAAAGCAGAGGCAAGCACGAGCAGGACUAAUUCGUUUGCGUUGAUGAGUGGUAGCCAGAACCAACAGGGUUCAGCUAGUUCGAGUUGGUGGUCGCCUGCUAAGGCAAGUGGUGGUGAUCAAGAAGAUAAGGGGAAAGGUUCUCCUGUGGAGGGUGUGGUUCAACCUGGUGCUUUGAUUACGCUUCCACAGCCGAGGGAAGUUGCGAGGCCUGAGAUACAGAGGAAUAAUUUUCCUGCUGGGAAUCUUGAUGAGGAGGAAUGGGUUACUGUUUAUGGGUUCACACCUGUCGAUAUCAAUGAAGUUUUGCGGGAAUUUGAGAAAUGUGGUGUGAUCGUGAAACAUGUUUUUGGUCCAAGGAAUGCUAACUGGAUGCAUAUUCUUUAUCAGAGUCGAUCCGAUGCUCGGAAGGCUCUCAGCAAGAAUGGAUUUCAAAUAAACGGAGUCUUAAUGGUAGGUGUAAAGCCAGUGGAUCCCAUACAACGCCAAGCUUUGAAUGAAAGGCUGAACAAUCAGGGGUUCAUGACCUUACCCCCAGCACCAUCUGCUAGAACCGCAGAAUUAAAAACACCAGGAGCUUCUCGCCCAUACUAUCUUCAAAAUGGCAGUAGCAGUGCCCGACAGUCAGGAGGUGCCAUUGCAUCCCCAGCAAAGUCUGUAGUGUCCAAAAUAUUUGAUGUGAUGUUUGGCAUUUAGGGUAUUGUUUUUUCCAUGGGCUCUACUUAUCUUGUCACAAAUAGAGGUAUGAUUGUUUUUGGAAAUUCAGCUGUAACACCGAGUCUUUUGUAAGUCUUUCUGAAGAUAUGACUUGAUAUUUACCAUGAAUGAGGCGCUGCAUUCCUUGUCAUUGAUAUUGUAAGACUGGUUAUAGAAUUGUUCAAAGGUUGAGAAAUGAAAUUGAAGUAUAACAUCA